CUGCCCUUAGUUACAUUUUCCAUCCUUAGUUGCUCACAGCUGUUUGUUAAAACCCCAGGCAGGGAUUGGGAUCGUUUCUGCCUUUGUUCUACCAAACUUUCCAGCCUUUUGCUACUGGGGUUUUCUUGUGUGUGUGUGAAAUUCUUACAUCGGUGACCAGGAGGAGAAAACAACAGUGGCAAGUGAACAUGGCAAUGCGCGGUGUGAUGGUGGGAUUUGACGGAGAUGACCUUCAGCUCGGAGACUUGAUUGAAAUCUUCCGCUUUGGCUACCAGCACUGGGCCAUCUACGUGGGAAAUGGCUACGUGAUCCAUCUGGCUCCACCAACCGAAUAUGCUGGGGCGAGCUGUGCCAGCCUCAUGUCCACCCUCACAGACAAGGCGCUGGUGAAGAAGGAGUUGCUGCGGGAGGUGGCGGGGAAGCACCGCUACCAGGUGAACAACAAGCACGACACCAAGUACCCGCCGCUGCCCAUCACCAAGAUUGUCCAACGGGCCGAGGAGAUGGUGGGCCGGGAGCUGCAGUACAAAGUCACCAGCGAAAACUGUGAACACUUUGUCACUGAGCUGCGCUAUGGCGUGGCCAAGAGCGAUCAGGUCCGAGAUGCCCUGGUGGGGGUCGGCAUUGCAGGGCUGGGUUUGGCCGCCCUGGGACUCUUCAGUGCCAUCGUGGUCAAGAAGAAGCAACAAAACCAAUAACAGAAACAAUAACAGAGACCCUGAGACUUCCGUGCCCUCGUGGGUUUUGUUCUCCCUUUUUUUCUUCCCUUUUUUUUUAGGUUUUGUGUUCUUUGAGAGAGGACCUCUUUGGAAAACAAGCACGUGAAACGACUGCUACCAUUUGGGGACUCAGUCUUGGAGGCCUCCUCUUCCUAACUCCUUGCUGAGGGUGUCUUGAUUUCCCCCGAUUCCCAAGUAAAGAGCGAGUCUCCACGGCCUCCCAGGUGUAGAACCGAGAAAGCCAUCUUGUACCAAGUCAGACCAUUGGUCUGGUCUAAUCCAGUAUGGUCCAUACGGACAGGCAGCAGCUCUCCAGGGUUUCAGGCAGCGGACAUGACCUGCCCUCCCUGGAGAUGACACCGGGACUGAACCGGACCCCUUCUGCAUGCCAAGCAGAUGCACUACCACUGAGCUGUGGACCUCUCCAAGGUUUCAGAAUGGAGAAGUUCCCAGCUGUACUGGGAGGUGUCCAAGACUGAACCUGACCCCUCCUGCACUCCAAACAGAUCUAUUUCCUCCCCCCUCCCCAUUGCUGACUGGGGGGGGAAAUAGACAUUUGGUUCAGUUCAGAUUCUACUGUGAACCGUUUGUGCUUUCCAACAACAUUACGCGAACUGAAACCCAGCUGUCUUUUGAAAUUCGCACUGCUCCGGAUUUUGUGAUGCAGUUCUGCAACCAAAUAAUGUGCACAGAGAUGUGUAUGUUAGAGGUGAGUGCACAUAAAAUCCCACGUGGCAGUGCAGAUAACAUUGAAAACGGCACCAUAUUAGGGCAGGGGUUCUUCAUUCUGGGAGGUUCAGCUUCUCAUGGUCCAGUCCCAGACGGUAGGGAAAAGGCACAUUUUGUCAAAAACAUCUGCCUCACCAUGAUUUAAAGGGGCAGGAACCCAAUAUCUCGGCAUCUGUAUGAAAUCUUUAAUCUGCAAAAGAGGUUUUUCCUUUCAUUGGUCUCCAGGUCUGGCCAGAAGACUUCAACAAUAUUCAUUUCGGGUGGUGGUGGUGGCAGGAGAUGGGAAGGGGGAAUGUGUGUGUGUGUGUGUGUGUGUGAGAGAGAGAGAGAGAGAGAGAGAGAGAGAGAGACUAGGAUUACUUGCUAACCAGAAUAAAAAACUACAGCUGAGUUGUGUGUUGUCUGCCCUGAAAUUACAAGUCUGGGCCAAGAAAUGCAGCCUGAGGAUUGCAUCCAACUAGGUUUUAUGCAGAGUAGACCCAUGGAAAUUAAUGGACUUAAGUUAGUCAUGCCCAUUAAUUUUGGUGGAUCUGUUCUGAGUAUGACUAAUGCUGGAUACAACCCUAAAUAUGCAAUGGAGCAUAUUUGCGUAAUGUAUCUUAUUUUGCAUUUUAUUUUAUUGAGAAAUGUAUAAGCUUUCUAAGAGUUAUACACAAUAAAAUUAUAGAUGAAACAAAGCUAAUAUCCGCAGAACUAUUAAAAAAAUAUAAAUAAUUAUCGUUAAAACACAGACAAUGAGCAAAACUUUAAAAACAAAUAAAAGUGAUGAAAUUAUAUGCUUGGGUAGGCUUGCUGGUAUAAAAACGUUUUCAGUAGGCAUCUCAAGCAAGGGUGCUUACCUAAUUUAUUCUGUACUUUUCUGGUGCUUUGUGAAACUCGAGCCGGAUUUGCGAGCAGUGGAUGAGGAGCCUAAUUCAGGACACUGAGUCCCUAAUUCCAGACUCUAGGAAUCUUAUUCAGCCCCCUCUCCAGCUUCGGGGCCCCACACUAUUAUGGAUAUAUUCACAGUCAUGAGGACUAGAAACUUGCCUUUUUUAAACAAAAGAACUGAAAGGGGAGAUAUUCUUUGACCCCUUUUUCUGUGCUUCGGCAGCAUCUGAGAACUCUGACUGAGAAGGUUUUAGAAUGUUUAUAGAAAGUUUUAAAAUGGCUUUUAGAAAGUUUUAAACAAUUUGUAGAACUUUUCCCCAUUGAUGUGUUGGCCUCCUUCGGGUGGAGGAGUGGGAUAUAAAUUGAAGAAUAUAUAAAUCGUAGCAAAUAAAUCUCCAUAUAGAAACGGUCCUGGCAAUAUCCCGGCACAAAAUGUAGUUUUGUGGUUGAGGUGGCCCUCAGAGUGUAGCAGCGGGGGUGGAUGGCUGGAAUCCCUGAUGAGUUUUCCCUCCUCUGCCGCUGCUACACUCUGAGGGUCACAUUUUCUUCAGGGGUAAUAUGCCAAGGGCCACACACUAGGUGUGGGUGCGGCUGAAGCCUGAAGUGGAUGGUGUCACAGCCCAAAGUGGAUAUAGCAACCCCUUCUCUCUCCCCUCCCAGCAGGCUGCCUGGGAAGAGCCCAAUUGCUCUUUCCAGAGGUCUGAAUCAAUUGCCUACAGAGGGGUUUCCCCCCUCUCGUCCUCCCAUCUCCCCAUCCACUUUGCCACUCUCUCAUUUCCUCCUCCUUGGCACUCUGCCAUCUGCAUGAAAUUCAGCCGAGAGUCAUGUGACCCUUAGUCUGUAGGCUGCCAUCCCUGCAACAGAGGAUGGCUGUUGCCCUUGGACUGGCAGAGCUGAAAGGAACCUCUGUGAUUGGCCAGGAGGCCAAGGGUCACUGGAAGGCUGCACCCCCUGCCUUCCAGGAAGAACAGCUGUGGGGGAGGCCAGAGAAGCAGCAGCUGCAGGGAGCAUGCUUCCUUAUUCCUAUGCCAUUUUGCUCUGGGACCCGGGAUAAGGAAAGGAACUCUCUAUCAGCCAGAGAAGGACAGGCGGGUAGAUUUUGUGUGUGUGAGUUUUGGGUUUGUAUAUAAUUGCAGCCUGUUAAGCCACCUUGAGCAUCAGUUGAUUAGUGGUAGGGAUCUUAAUCUUCAAAAGAAAUAACAGCAAAAAAUGAAAACAAAUAAAUUGCCAUCAUUGCAAUCUAAGCUUCCAAUUACUAUACUGUAUAACAGCAACAGACUUUGUUCCUUUUCACUGGACAUUUUGCACCAUCCGUUGUUCUUACCAUGUUUUGUAAGU